AUGGCUGUGUUAGCCUCAGAUAACACUGCCGACACUCCGCUAGGGCAUGUAGCAUUCAUUGCGCUCAUCCUUGGAGCUUCGGCAUGGACGCUGUGGAGCGUCGUCUACAACCUAUUCUUCCACCCACUCGCACGCUUUCCAGGACCCAUUCUUGCUCGAAUAUCACCAGUACCGUAUGUCAUUACGCUGCUCCGUGGACGCAUCCCGUUCUGGGUGAAGGCAUGCCAUGACAAAUACGGCUCAGUCGUCCGCGUCUCGCCCAACGAGCUGUCUUUCGACAAUGAGGCAGCAUGGAAGGAUAUUUACGGAAGCCGACCUGGCCAUAAGAAUUUCCACAAGGACCCCAUACAUGUGGGAAGUAUCCAAUCGGUGCCUGGUGUAUCCACGAUUACCAUGGCCAACGACGCGGACCACGCGCGGCAGCGUAGGGCGCUUUCGCAUGCAUUCUCCACCAAGGCUUUGUUGGAGCAGGAGUACAUCGUAAAGUCGUACAUCGACAUGUUCUCGCUGAAGAUGAGGGAGUUUGCCAAGCUCGGGAAGCCUGUGAACGUCGUUGAUUGGUUCGCAUACACAACGUUUGAUAUUAUCGGAGACAUGGCUUUAGGAGAGCCAUUUGGGUGCUCGACAAGCGAGGACUUCCACUUUUGGGUACCGCUCAUCAGUUCAUCCAUUAAGGCGGGUGCCUUUGAACAGGCUACGAGACGAAUCGCCGAAGCGGACGGCUACUUGCAAAGACAGCUGUUGAAGUUGAUACCUGGGCGCAUCCGAACUACUAGGAUGCAACAUCUAGAGUACAGCAGGGAAAAGAUCUUGAAACGCAUGGCUCAGUCUGGGUCAGACCACAAAGACUUUCUUUAUUACUUGCUCAAGCAACAGGAAAGUGGGUCUAUCAACGAGAAUGAGGUUAUUGUCAAUGGCGCACUCUUUAUAAUAGCCGGAACAGAGACAACAGCGGGCUUUCUUGCGGGGCUUUUCAACCAACUCCUGCGGCAUCCAGGAGUUUUACACAAGUUGUCGGAUGAGAUACGGUCGAACUUCCAAUCCGACGCCGACAUUAACUUCGAGGAUUUGGUCAAAUUGCCUUAUCUGAGUGCAGUGAUUGAUGAAGGCCUACGAGUCUUUCCAUCUGCACCGAUCGGGUUUGUGAGGACAGUGCCACAGGGUGGCGAUACCGUUGACGGAGAGUUCGUACCAGAAGGCACAACUGUUUCCGUGCCAAUGUGGGGUGCCACGCAUAGCGAACGGAAUUUCAAAGAGCCCUACGAGUUCCUGCCCGAGCGCUGGCUGGACAAAGAGAAUAGCACCGACAAGUUUGGGGCAUCGAAUGCCUUCUCUCUCGGGCCACGAGGCUGCAUUGGACGCAACCUGUCGUACAUGGAGAUGCGUCUAAUCAUUGCAAAGCUGUUGUGGCACAACGACAUCCAAUUUCACGGGAGCAACGAUGCGUGGGAUCCUGAGACAGACUAUCCUGGGCUAACGGUGUACAAUAACUGGAUGAAACCGGGACUGUGGGUUAAGUUAUCACCGAGACGGGGCUAG